CGGUAGCCGCUGCUGGUGCUGGCUCGAUCUCGACGACCCGUGCCAUCGAACCCUCGCGGACUUGUGCCGGAAUAAUCUUUUCGUUUGUGCAUCCAUUGUGAUAAGGAGACCGACUGCAAACAUGUUCUCGCGCCUUACAUUUUACCCAUCUCUGGUGUAUAACAUCGUCAUGGAACGCUUCACCGAUCGGAAUUGGUACGACCGCGUGGAUGACACCGCCAUUCUGGGUGCGCUCCCGUUUCGGAGUAUCAUCGAAGACCUCGUAGAGAAAGAGAACGUCCGCGGUGUCGUCUCGAUGAACGAAGACUUCGAGCUCCUCUUCUGGGUUCCGACAAAAGACGAGUGGAGCGAGAAAGGCGCGGAUUUUCUGCAGCUUUCGACAACCGACAUAUUCGAAGCUCCGACCGAGGACAAGCUCGUCAGAGGCGUCGAGUUCAUCAAACAGAAGUACUUGGACGGUAGCUCGGUUUACGUGCACUGCAAGGCUGGUCGAACUCGUUCGGCGACGCUGGUCGGCUGCUACCUAAUGCGGAGGUAUCGAAUGAAACCCGAGACCUGCGUCGAAUUGAUGAGAAGUAAACGAGAACAUAUCCUCCUUCAAGCUGCUCAAUUGGAAGCUUUGCAAAAGCAUUAUGAUAAUCACGUCCAGCCGCUGAUCGACCGAGAAGGUCCCGCACAACCCAACACGGAUUAUUGGGCCCCGGAGAGAGCCGCGGCCAGAGCGAAUCAGCCUUCCGAAGGGGCGAGCAAACCUCCAUCAGAAGCGAAUCAACCUAGAAGCGCAUAGUUUCCUUAAGUCAUCGUUCACGAAGCGCCGCGGGAAAUAGAAGAAUCCGUCUUUCAUUUACUCCUCGUCUAUAUCUCUUACGUAAGCAUACAUUCAUCACCUGACGACAUUUCUUCAAAUUAUGGAUCCGACCGACCAAACAACCAACCGGCCGACAGCUCUCGAGCGUUUGGCGUUUUUUUCUGUAAAUACCCCUGAAUAAUGUGUUUUGUUUUUGGAGGAGGUGGAAUACGCUGCGGUCGUCCGCUCGGAUAGCUAGACGCCACGAGCCGCUUGAUUUUCCGCUCCUCGGGAAUAUAUUCCCAAUAUGUUGGGUCGGGAUUCAUCCGUGAAAACCAAAGUCGCAAGAGCUAAGCGAUGAUCGUGGUCUCUCGAUCAUGCGAAUCAGGCAGUUCAUGGGGCGGAGGCCGAUACAUUCUGUUCGGCAUUCAAAGCAUCCCUGCGAAUUCGAGUACAAAGUAAUAAACGACUCGAACACUGCCAGCUUUAAUCUCCAUUGCCCGCGGACUUACGUCAAACUUGGGGUGAUGCUCUCGGGGAACAAAUGCGAUAUCAUAGGUACCGAGUAGGACUGCGAUAUACCAAAUCAGUAGAGCUAAGAUUUCCGAUGGAUGAUUUUUUAGCGAUUCGACUUAUCUAGACCGGUAAAUUUUAGAGCUUCUCUAGAGGAAAUUCUUAGAUAUCCACCCGCGAACCGCGAAGCGUCCCUGUUCUGGGACAUCGAUCCCGUGUUUAUGUACGAAGUCACGCGUAUUCCCGACUUGAAGACCGAGAACCGCCCGCAAUGGACAUUGUUUUGGGAACGGAAGGAAGAUAUACGAGCUGCUGUAUAUUCGAGAGAUCUUUCAUUAGGAAUGGACCCGACUUCUGGCGAUCAAUAAAAAGAAGUGGGAAUAUUGUUUUGGGAAAA